AGCACGACCAGGAAGCCAGCGGUGACAUCACUUUCCAGAAAUCCCCUUCAGUGUCUGCUUCAGCGACGAAGAGAGCGACGGAAAAAUAAGGGAGUUUGCUGCUGUCCGGCAUUCAGAAGCUUUUAAGCUGAUUUUACAACCAAGGCAUUAAAGGAUGUCCCUGUAUCCAUCCCUGGAGGACCUCAAGGUCGACAAGGUUAUCAAGGCCCAGGCCCAGUUUGCCCAGACUAGCACCCCCAUGCCAGCCAUCACUGAGGGAACCUACCAGCCUCAGCCUGUCACUGCUGGGAUGCCAGGAUCAAGUUUGUACCCGAACUUGGAGGAGCUAGGAGACUACAUGGGUCUGGCCCUCAACAGUGAUGAAGUCCAGAGGAACCUGGCCCUGGUGCCCGUGGGUGACAAUCAAGUGGCCAUACCCUCCAUCUCAGGUGUUGGGGGGAUGGUGCGGCCUGUGACGGGGGCAGACGUUGGCAUCAGGAGGGCAGAGAUCCGCCAAGGGCUACGGGAGAUAAUCCUCUGUAAGGACCAGGACGGGAAGGUGGGACUCCGGCUCAGGGCCAUCGACAAUGGAGUGUUUGUCCAGCUGGUGCAGGCUAACUCCCCUGCGGCCCUGGCUGGGCUGCGUUUUGGAGACCAGGUGCUUCAGAUCAACGGGCAGAACUGUGCCGGCUGGAGCGUAGACAAGGCCCACAAGGCCCUGAAGGCUGCGGCCGAGACCCGCAUUGAGCUCGUGGUCAGGGACAGGCCAUUUCAGCGCACCGUCACCAUGCACAAAGACAGCUCAGGCCACGUCGGCUUUAUCUACAAGUCCGGUAAAAUCACUUCACUGGUCAAGGAUGGCUCUGCUGCUCGCAACGGCUUGCUGACUGAACAUUACAUCUGUGAAAUCAAUGGACAAAACAUUAUUGGACUCAAGGAUUCUCAGAUCAAGGACAUUCUGACCACCUCUCCAACUGCCAUGACCAUCACCAUCAUGCCAAAGUUCAUCUAUGAACACAUGAUUAAGAGGAUGUCUACCGGUCUCCUGCGGUCAGCCAUGGAUCACUCCGUCCCAGAGGUGUGAAGACCAGCAGGACGACUGUAAACUGUCAGGAUGUCUUCAAUACAGAGAUAUCUGCUCUCUCUUGCUCUCUCUCUCUUUUCCUUCCUUAUCUUUAUCUCUCUCUCUCUCUCUCUUUCUGUCUUCAUACCAAACCACCUCCUGCGUCACAAUCAUCAUUGGCGCUGUUUCUCACCCUUAACAUAUUCAUAAAAUGCCUUUUUUUCUAUAAAUCAGUUCAAUAUAUUCUUUACCUUUUCUACAUUUUCCUCCUCAUCUCUGUUGACAUGUCUAGUACUUUUUAUAUGUUAACUUUUAGUCAAAGUAUUACCUGUUUAUUUUCCUGUUUUGUAUUUGAGAUCAAGGACAGUACAAAAUGUUAUUUUAAAGCCAUGCACAUUAUCAUGAGUCCAGAGCUUCCUCCUCAUUGUGGAGAUGAAUCAUUGGCGCGUGAAGUUUCAUCUUGUCAAAAUGCUGUAAAAGCCAAUGCUCCGUCAUCAGAGCCCUACCAUGUAGAUCACGGCUGCGCUCCCAGUCCCUGCACUUGGCCCCUAAUGUGUGUGCGUCAAUAAUCUGAUCUGAAUUAACACCUGGGGCCUCAUGUGUGAAAACGUUUGCUGACUUGAUUCAAGAUUCCAGUGUACAGUGUCAUUUUUACUUGGCCAGUAAAUCUAGUAGGUUUUAGCAAAGGAGUUGUCUUUAGUUUUUACCAUGUAUUGGUGGAAAUUAGUGUUGAUUUUGGCAUCGAGAUUCAUUUUUUUUCUUUUUGUGAAUACCCAACAUUUAUGCUCCCUGGAUUCUAACAUAUAUGUGACAGUUACAACUUCUCAAAGAGAUGGCGGCGUAUUGUUGUGGCACAUUUCCUGUGUCUGCGGGCAACUGUCACGAUGAGACUCUGAUGUGUUGAAUUUGUAGGCGCUGGGAACACCGUGUGCACAUUCCAGGGGGAAGUGUAGGGAAAGGGGCAGUGGUACAUGUGUGUCGCCCUAUGCAGCUGGGGCUUAGCCCUGUCCACAAACACAAGAGGAGCUAUGAGACGGUGAAAGGCACAAGUAAGCAAGAUCACAGUGCAGUACGUGAUUAGCUAUCUGCCGUGUUUGUUGGAUAUGGUCUGUUGUUUCAAAAAAGAAUUUUAAGGGAACUGUUGCUAUUGGUUUGGACAGGGUUUGUGCUGGCAGACCCACUAAGUGCACUUUCCACUACCUUUUUAAGAGGUUGUCUUUCCUGUUUCCAUUUCAACAGUUGUGCUUUUUUUUUUAUUAUUGUGUUUGUGGUGCCUCAUGUUGAUGAGAGAACUCAUGAAAACAUGGUAACUAUAGAAAACUGCUUAAAUUUGAUGCUGAAAAUCAUCGCUCAAAUUGAAGGCGUUCAAAUUCCACGUCAGGGGUUUAGCCAAUGAACCUGCUCUCCUCUGCUCAGCGUUGUUAGAGGACGUCCCGAUGUAAUAUUCCCUCGACUGACGAGCACGAUGAGAAUGAGCAGAGCUCUCAGUUGUGAAUUUCUACUUGUUAUAUAAAGUUGCUCCUUUUAAUGCUGUUCAUGUUUGGAUGCAUGUAUUCCUUUAAUUUUCUAGGUAUGCAAUCUGAUAAACAUCACUGUCAUUCUGUGAGAAAAUGCUAGAAAAAUCUAAAAGUUUAUAUACGAAUGUAACCAAGAUAAUAUUGUAAAACAAAUAAACAGUCUUUCUGUUCA